UACCACUGUUCACGGCCCUAAAAUGGCUUUCCAGAUGAAUCAGAGAUUCACAAGCUCACAAGAUUUACUUAGAACUAUGUACCUUUCAGAUAUGGACUGGUUUCAGAAAAAAGAGAGGAUGGGGCUGACAUUAAAACCUCCAUAUGAUUACCCUUCGAAAACUAAUCUGAAUGCAGCCAAACGUGAAUGCUUGCAGCAAGGAAGGGCAUGCACUGGAAUACUGGAGACUUGGAGACCCAAAGUGUUUUAUCUUCUUGAUGCCUCAGCCAUUUUUACCUUCAAUCGUUAUUCGACCAUCUAUACCCCGGCAGUAUGCGUUUCAGAAUUUCCUGGACCAAUAUGUGGCCAUGAGGAUCAAUUGUGUAAUUGCAUUGGGAUUGUAAAAACAUCAUUUACUGAAGUGUGUGGUAUUGCUGUGCAAAAUUGCCAGGACCUAUGUGCCAGAAAGAAGGAUGGCACAGAUUGUUCCAAGUGUAUUCCAGUUUGUCCAGAUAAUGCAGAAGAGGUAUUUAGUAUGGAAGAGGCUUCAGUAAUAAUGAUGGCAAAGGAGAGGAUUUUUGAAGGCGCUUCUAUUCUAACUGUCAAUGACCAGAAUUUCCUUGAUGGAUUUAAAGUAUUUUACAAAACAAAAUGAUUUAAUCUUGUCUGCUUCAAUCACAGAAUAUGCAGAAAAUAUUAUAAUUGACAAUUGCGGAAGAAAAUUGGAUUUCAAGAUGAACGCGGCACAAACAUCUAUUGGACUUCAAAGAAUUAUGCCAAAACUUACCAUUUCUGGUAUUUCUUCAGAAAGCUGUUUUAAUUCUAAGGUCAUCCGUUGAUGGGUUUAUCUGUUUACUGAAAAUAACAUGCUAUUAUUUAUUAUUUAAUACACGAAAACUCUGAUAGGGUGCUUUCCAACUAUUUGUGAAUCCCAGUGGUUGGGCAUCAGGCUCAGCCGGUGAUGUCUGCCAUACUUUCAGUUAACAAGGGCCGUAGUUUCCAUGUUCUCUGAACUCUCAUGUUCCCGUGGAUGCCCUCAGUUCCCUUGACCCCUUUGCACUCAAUGGGGAUUGGGUGACCACUCUCACUUUCCAUCCAUGGGGGGCCCAGUUCCCAGGCUCCCUUUUCACUCACCUGUGUCCCGAUUUCCAUUAUCCCCUGAAACUUAACUUGGUUCAUUGGAAGAUGUAAAAUACGGAAUAUCAUCUUAAAAGGUGCAUUAAAAGUGUAUUGGAGUAUUAAUUGAAAAAGCAUUCAGUGGUCUGGAAAAUCUGCCAAUUCAGCACGACUAAAGUCCUGAGUCUGCCAGGUCAUUAACGUUGUACUGUAUAUUUUCAUCCUUAAGCUUUCCUGAACAUUUGUUCACAAU